AUGCAGUUCAAGACCCUCCUCCUCGCCGCCCUCGGCACCACCACCGCCCUCGCCGGCCCCAUGGGCCACGGCCUCGCCGCCCGCGUCGCCACCCGCACGCAGCGCUCCUCGCAGCCGCUCUCGCGCGUCGGCGAGGCUUCCACCGUCGAGGGCCCGCUGGCCGACAGCAACGUCACGCACGUCCAGUACUCGUCCAAUUGGGCCGGCGCCGUCUACGAGGAGCCCCCUUCGGGCACCUUCACCGCCGUCUCGGCCACCAUCACCGUGCCCGUCCCGUCCGCCACCGCCGCCGGCACGUACUCCGCGUCUGCCUGGGUCGGCAUCGACGGCGAUACCUGUGGCAAUGCGAUUUUGCAGACGGGCGUCGAUUUUACGGCGACGAAGAGUGGCAGCCGGACGACGUAUUCGUAUGAUGCUUGGUACGAGUGGUACCCGGACUACGCCUACGACUUCUCGCUCUCCAUCAGCGCGGGCGACGUCAUCGCCAUGUCUGUGACGUCCUCGUCGUCGACCAGGGGCGUCGCCGUCAUCGAGAACCUGACCACCGGCAAGAGCGUCAGCAAGACCAUCACCUCCAGCUAUGCCCUGUGCGGCGAGAACGCCGAGUGGAUCGUCGAGGACUUUGAGAGCGGCGGCUCGCUCGUCGCGUUCGCCGAUUUCGGCGACGUGCUGUUCACCGGCGCCGUCGCGAAGACGAACACGGAGGGCAAUGUCGGGACGAGUGGCGCGGUCCUGAUUGAUAUUAAGCAGAACAACAAGGUUUUGACGUCGGCGUCGAUUCCGAGCUCGAGCGAGGUUGAGGUUGUGUAUGAGUAG